GAAACAUUUUGUUACACGACUAGAAGCUAUCCGCAGCCCUGACCUCAGCCUCGCUCCCACCCCUCUUCAGGACCUGAACACCCUCUCACCAAUCCGAUAACCCGCCCACACACUCAUAUACAGGCACAGCCAGCGCCGUUUUUUCAAGCAUGCGCUCCGCACUCACUUCUGCCGCCGCCGUCGCCCGGCCGAGCACCCUCUCCUCCCUCCUCCGCCCGACCAGAACAUCCGCCUUCUUCCCCUCAAUACGCCUCUCCUCCACAGACGCCGCCGCCGCCGCCGCCGCCUCGGCUUCAACGACUACAACAGCGACACAGACAUCGGCUGCGAGGCCGUACAUCAUUGGCCUGACCGCCGGCAACCAGUACCCCGUCUACGCCCGCACGAAGGCCGCCGGCUCCUCCAAGUUCACCCUCGUCAAGAAGAUCGAGGGCAACAAAAAGGCCUUCGCCCAGGACCUCUCUCGUGAGGCCGGCUUCCCCGCCGACGAGGUCAAGCUUAACCCCGUGACGGGCCACGUCCAGAUCAAGGGCUUCCACGUCGAGAAGGUCAAGGCGUGGCUAAACAGCACGCUGGGCACCGCCGCCCCCGUCGCAAAGGCGUCGACGAGCGCAACUUCGGCAUAGGAUUGACCGGGCCGGGUAGUCUAGAGUGGAAGCAAAGGAGUGUAUAAUUACAAAAAUGUAUCAUACCGUUGGAGGAGGAGGAGAUGGGAGAUCUCAUAAACGUGGCUCUCUUAUCCAAAGGGGACGACGGGCUCACCGACUGAACAAACUUCCCCGUACAAAUACAAACAAAGGGGCGGAUCUAUGGCGUAAGAGAGAAAAAAAAUUUGUACUACUACAUGUCCUAGAAAGGGGCACGCAAUUACCGAAGAAAACUCGACAUAAAUCCACGCGAGUAGCCCGAUUUCACGAGG